AUAUUAUAACCGGCAAUUGCUAUUUUUAACAUUUAGUAAUUUACAAUAUUUGAAAUUACGUGGCCAAUCUAAAGUAGUUGUUAGAGUAUCAAGAUGUACAAAGUUUCUCUUUCGACGUAUUUGUUGGCAAUUUUUACCUGUCAUUCGUAUGCCUUUAAAGACGAGACGCUUUACGGGCUAGAUCAUGUGUAUCCUUACACACAUGAUCAUGACGACAGCAUUCUCUUUAAGAAACAUUAUCUAGAGGAAUUUCAACCUCGCAUCACAACCAGUUGUGCUGGUCGUAGAGCCUGUAGUAGAGGUUUGCUGAAUCCUCGAGACCCGUGCGCAAAUAUUAUAGCACGUGCUGAAUGGGGAGCACGUGACACUCGUCAUGCUAAUUACAUAAUAAAUCCGGUCAGUAUUGUAUUUAUACACCAUACAGUCAUGGAGCGGUGUUACACACAGAACCAGUGUUUGCAGGCAAUGCAGAAAGUACAAGAGCUUCAUAUGGAUGUCAGACACUGGGAUGAUAUUGGGUAUUCAUUUGUUGUCGGAGAGGAUGGUGGUGUGUACGAAGCCCGAGGCUAUGCCAGGGUUGGCGCCCACACUCUUGGCUGGAACAACGCCUCGAUAGCCAUCGCCGUAAUGGGGGACUUUACCGACGACCUACCGAAUGGACAGGCACUUCAGGCAAUUAAUAAUGUUAUAGAAUGCGGUAUACAACGGGGGGAAAUCAUGCCCGACUAUAAACUGUACGGGCACCGGGAUGCAAGACCGAUGUUUGAAAGUCCGGGAAAACGGUUAUAUCCACUGAUAAAAACAUGGCCUCACUACGAACACAGGAUUCCGAUUGAAAAAUUAAAAUUACAGUUCAGCAAAAUAAAUUAAUUCUUACUAUAUUUGCAACUAAAGUGAAUUAAUUUAUGCUGAAAUUUCUUUCAUCUGUGUGCAGUUUCUGAAUCCGUAUUAAAUGAUAGGACAUCUUGAUGUUAAGUACUGCUGUGCGAAAGUGUGUUUUUUGUUGUUGUUGUUGUUGUUGUUUUUCUUUGGUUUCAUGAAUUUCAAUAGUUGGUCGAGGUGUCAAUUGAAAUAACAAACAUAAUUAAAAACUCAUGAGCGUUUUAUUUAAAAACGAUUGACCAUAAAUAUAA